AUGAUAGUUUACAGAUUUCAUGAAAAACAAUAUAGAUAUAACAGAAAUUUUAUUAAUUUUUUCAAAUUCUUUACAUGUCUUUCUCAACAUCUAUCUGAAAAAGAUCCAAUGACAUUUAGAGACUUUAAAGUUUAUAGAAACAAAGUUACUUGUGCAUUAUAUAGGUUAAAAGCCAAUAAUUCUUAUUAUUCUGAAAUUGAUAUAGACAAUGAAGAUCUUCAAUCUUUACUAGAAAAUGGUUUUCUUAAUAAUCAACUUCAAAAUAACCAAAUAACUAAUGAUAAAAUUAAUAAAGUGAAUAAAGAUAACAUAUUAAUGUAUACCUUCAUCUCAUUUCUUUUUUCAAAUAACUGA